UUGACAACGCAGAACUGUAUGGAGUGUCCACACAGCUGGCUCCGCAUAACGUCAUGCCUUGACCCCCGUUCCCUCGUUUCAUGGAUUGGGACGUGCCGUUCGCAUCGGACUUGGUUCUUAACCCAAGGAAAGCGAUGGCGGGAAUUGCAAGCGGGCGUCGCCAUGUCCAGAUACAUCCAUCGCCACGUACACAUUCAAGUCCAAGUUCACGCACAGGAGAUGCAAUCGCAUUCCAUACCUCGAAGCGACGACCCUCGCGUUCCACCUCGUGUUGAGACCGUCUGGAUCGAGCACGGCGCGAUUCCUUCCGAGUCCAUGUCACUUCCGCCAGUUGUGACAUCGGUCCUGCACCAUCCGCGGCGAGAUGUGGUGACUUUACAGGUCGACUGCCGACCGAUGGCCCCACCUCCCAUGCUUGUGCACACGGUUCACGGACCCAAGUGUCUCUACAGCGUCAUUCGCGUGCUGGUGACGCCAUCUUCCACCUCGGACGCUCCGCGCGAGCUGCGGCGAUACGUAUACCACAAACACAAUGGGGACUUGUCCGUCGUGUCCGUCGCAGACAAGCGCAAGUGGUCUGUUCACGGGUGUGUUGUUCAUUCAUACGAUGACGGCACUCAAAGACCCGUAUUCCCCUCUAGACGGAGCCCCUUCCGCUACGACGUCCUCUCCAUCGAUGGAUCGUGUCAGAUGGAGCUCCAUGUCCCCGCGCACCUCGACGCCAUGGUGGACUGCUAUCACAUCCAGCACGUGGGGGUGUUGUUGAGCAAAUCCGAGCUCUUCCCACUGCCCCCUCCUCGCGCCUUGACGGAUCUGUCGCCCGCCCUCCAUAUCCAUCUCACGUUCUUCGACUUGACGCACGCGAACCUGUUGUGUCGACUGCAUGCAAUUGGAUCGAUCGUUGAGGAAGCUGUGCCACUGCCAAGCCAGCCAACACGCAACCCCCGCACCGCCGCGGAAACCCUGCAAGUGUUCACGGCUACCGUUGACGCCGCCUCCAUGAAGCACCCCCCUCCUUCCGACUUGCGCAUGACGCUGACUCGACCUGGAAUUAUGUGCCUCAAUGUGUCAAGUGGUCGGCAAAGGGCCUUCCGCUCCGUGGCUCUGCACGGCGGCACAUCCACUUCGUCCUCCUCGUUGUCGGUUGCGUGGGUGCCUGGCGUGCUGGAGUAUGCACUGUCGCCCCAGACAUUGACUCGGCGGAACUUGAAGGGCUCCAUCACCUUGUCGUUCGACCCCACUAGCGGUGCACCAGUGUCCGUUCGAUUGAUGUUGCAAUACUUGGAGCCGGGUCGGAGGCAGCAAUAUGCCGUGGCGUGGCGCAGUUCCACGGGGCUGCCUUAACUUUUAGUUUGAUAAGUCAUCGACAAAGCAUGAAGUAAGGGGGGGUUGCACAUUACUAGAG